CAAAAAUGUGCAUAAUCCAGAGACUCUCUGUGUAUUGUGAUUGUUAUUUGACCAAUUUAACAUAACCUCAACCAAGCGAAGGUCGCAAGAGCAACGCAAAAGAUGCUUCCGCGAGUGAAUAUCCUGUUCCUGUUGUGCGUCCUUCUAGUAUUAUUGCUCAUCUACCUCCUUCUGAACACCUCUAGUCAGUAUUCCGUCCCACAUCCAAAAAUCUCCUACAGACACUUGGUGCAUUCCAUUGAAACAGACAGACUGGUUGACUUUGUAAAUUCCACAAGGCCAUAUCACCUCAGCCCUGAAAGCCCCUGCAAUGACGAAACAAUGGAUCUCUUGGGGGUGAUCCUUGUAUCUUCCUACGUGACCCAUGACAAUCUCCGUUCAGCCCAUCGAAGGGCAAUGCCUCAAGACAAGCUCAAGUCCUUGGGAUUGCUGAGAUUCUUCCUUCUGGCGGAGAUUCCUGCCCAUGAGAAACUUAUUACCCAAGAGUCCAUCGAGGGGGAGCAUCGGAGAUUUGGGGACAUUGUCCAGGGGAAUUUCAUUGAUGCCUAUAAGAAUUUGACGUACAAGCAUAUAAUGGGGCUCAAAUGGGCGAGUAUUGAAUGCUUCCGGUCGAGUUUUAUUGUGAAAAUGGACGAUGACACUGUGUAUGACAUCACCAGGUUGCGCAGGAUGCUUCAGGGCUUUCGAUUUUCACAUGAAUACGAUGAUCUCUUUCUCUCCGGAUACGUCCAGAGCAACAAGAAACCCAUAAGGAUGAGGCCUAGUAAGUGGUUUGUCAGCCACAAGGAAUUCAGGGAUGCUCUCUAUCCGACUUAUUUGUCGGGAUGGCUGUACAUUACCAAUCAGAGAACGGCUUUUGAACUUGUAAGUGCAACGGAGGAUACACCAUUCUUCUGGAUUGAUGAUAUCUACGUGACAGGGAUCUUAGCUAAGAAGAUCUCCGCUCCGUUGGAAAGGAGGAACAACCUGUUUUCGGCAAACCAUGACUUCUUGGAAUGCUGCAUCCGGGAUGCGGAGAAUCAUAAAUUUAAGUGCCCGUACUUAGCCGGGCCGAAUGGAGGAGAUCCAGAACUGAUUGUCAGAUUUACAUCUGCAAUUUCUGGAUGCAGGGAAUGCAGGGACAGGAAAGACAGUGAUCCUAAGAUCAAUGAAACCUGCGUGGGAGUUUACAAAUCCCAUCCAGGUCAUCGGGGAGCCCCAGAAGUGAAAGAAUUUAAUCUGUGAUAAGAGUACUUUAUCGAUUUUACAUCCCAAUACUCAAAAAUAGACUUAAUACCCAUCGUGGGAAUCCUUGAUAAUCCAGAAGGAAUCAAUAAUAGCUCCGUCCUGAUCAUCAGAUACUUGCUCAAAGUGCAAAUGGGUUUUGUUGUGAGCUCUGAGGCGUGUGUAUCCGUAAUCUCGGCUGUGGAAGGCACUCCAUUCGGGAGGAUUCUUUACAAAUGGUUCCCUGCCUUCUUUGCAUCCCGCCGAUCCGGUAACCAGGUGCACAGGAGCCCGGGGAUUUGUGUAGGGAGCUUCUGUUGAACCAUUGAGCACCUUGUAGUUGUAGAUUGGCCAGAGACGUUCGUAGGAGUGCUCAUGGGCCCAGAGUUCAACAUCCACUCCGUGUUUGUAGAACAGAUCCUCCAGACCGAAGAAAUGGGUAAAGGGAAGACCUACCCUGACCAGAGUCUCAUUGUGAGAGCAGUCAUCGUCAUUGGAGUUGCUGCAGUACAUCGGUCUAUGGCCAAAUGUGACAAUCCAGGGAUGCUUCUUGCGAUUCUCAGGCUUAUUGGCUUCCCCGAGAUCUCUAUCUAGCCAUUCGUACUGCAUCACCAGGCUCUUGAUCCCGUAAUUCAUAAAGUAAUAGACCUCAGUGGAAAAGCCUACAAAAUGAACUGGACCGAGAUUGAAGCUGUACAUGAGACUCUCCGUUCCGCCUGGCAUGGAAAACCUAGCUCGAUAGUUCGAAAAAUUGUACCGUUCCUCAUGAUUUCCCGGACAAACCAUAUACGGAGCAUAGGCAGCAAUGGAUUCAAUCUGAUUCAUAAAUUCAUCCCCGACUGUACCAUCUUCCGAAUGCAUAUCAUAAGCAAAAUCUCCAACUGAAAAAGAUAUCCAAGCCUCAGAAUUCAAUAAAACCCUAACCAAACAGAGAAAGAAAUACCAUGAAUAAUCGCAUCGUACAUCCUUCUCUGAGUAUCAUCCUGCAAUCUGGCCAGAGAUUGGGCAUUUUCAUUGCCCAUAUCGCCAAAAAUUGCCAAAUGUGGAGCCCAGUCAUCCCCACCAGGAGGUGUCAUGAACCAAAAUUCCGCAGACCACCCCAACUUCCCUCCACAGUGGUACGAAUACUUAGUUUUCGGAUCCAAUCCCGGAAGUGUCACCCUGUGGAUGUACUGAGACUUCUUCUUGGGUCCUCCAUCGACAAAUUUCUGCGAUGACCCCACGGAUCUUUGGUUCAGCUCAUCACCGAUUCCAUACUCAACCACAGAUUCUCCAGCGUCAUCAAUUGUUGACCAAGUGACGACAAUAUCGGAUGUUGAUUCUUCCAGGCAACAAAGAAGGAAAGAAGGCAAGGACAAUCGAUUUUUGACCUAUUUUGUACAUAAGUUUUUUUUACUCAAUAAACUCACCUCCGAAGGAUAAAUGGA